AUUUACUGAUGUUCAGGGGAGGUACCAUUUUGUAAUUUCAUGUUUGCUCAUAUUUUGGGUGACAGUAGCUAAUGUAAACAACGCCAAAGUGGGGAUAUAUAGGAAAUUAUCAUGAAAUAGGUUUCCUAUUUCCCUAGACCAAACCACCACAUAUUUUGGGAAGUGCAAUGUAGUAACCUGCUUGGUUUUUUUUCUCCCUCGUCUUCUUCGAAGUACUUUAACAUUAUUUAAGCCUGUUCUACUCGAUGUUUGUUUGCAGUUCGCUCAGUCAGCAACCAAUCAGAUGAGGGCAGUCAAAUCCCGCGCGGCGCUCUACCUGUGACUGACUGGCUGCCUGCAAAUAAUUAACAACGCACGUGUAAAUUCUCGGUAAACUACCCUGGGUUUAUAAAAGUUAUUUGUGAAGAGAUAUAUAGUUUUAAAGCCGCGAUAGUUUGAUUUCAAAUUCGAACAGAACUAAGAACGCUUGGGAAUACUUUUCCCGCGCUGCUAGCUUACACCCGCCAUGUCUGCAUCUACAUUCACCCUGCUGUGUAAUUCGCAUAAAUGCCGCGCAAAGCUGAGUGGCUUCGCGUGGGUCACGGCAUGCUCUCACAUCUUCUGUGAUCAACACGGUUCAGAGGAGUUCAGUCGCACUCCUGCCAUCUGCCCCGCCUGCUCUUCCAUGCUCUCGGGCAAACUGGACGUUAGGACCGAGCUGGCACCAUCAGAGCAAUACAAGGCCAUGGUGCUGGUCGGACUACAGCCUGAAACAGUUUUGGAAGUCAGUCAUAAAGCGCUAGAGUUUUGGACAUACCAGGUAAACCAGGAGAGGAUGCUGAUGGAGUACAAUCUGUCGAGGGCUGGAGGACAGGUUCUUCAGAUGGAGAAGUGUAUGAUCCAGCAGAGCCAGAGCAAAGAUCUGGAGUUAAAUGCAUUAAGAGGAGAGAUUGCCUCACUGAAAAAGGUGCUGGAGGAAUAUAAGCGCAAGUACGGUGAGGUCCUGGAACGACUGAAUGAACGGAAUAGGCAAUAUCAGAAGAUGCAGGGACUGCUCGAUUCACUACGGAUGCACACGCUGGGAACGGGAGAGAAAGAUCCCAUUUCCCACCCUUUCACUACAGGUUUACUCAAUCAGCGCUCACCGUCAAGCAGUCCUUCGUUCCUGCCACCAGAAGGUGACAGGUUCUUCUCACUGGGACCAGAAAACACAAAAACUUUCUUUCAGUUCAGCACUCCCAUCCGAGACAGAGCCCAGCCGUCUAUCAAGAAAAACUAAAAGUGACACGAGUUUCACCAGGAAUUCUGAUUUCAGUUCUAACUGACAUAUAUUGUUGUUUCUGUGUAGUUCUUUAUGUUCUUAGUUAUUGAUAAAGCUGUUACACAUUCUAUAAAUAUUCACAACUUGUUUCCACUAAUGUCAAUGACCUUAAAAAAA